UGUUCGAUUCAAUCAAAACUAAUAAACCAGUAGUCAUCAUUUCUUAAAAUAGAACAGAAUCGCUAGUAUAAAUAUAACUUUAACAGUUAUUUAUACUUUUAACUUGUAAGGAGACAACAUCGAAUAGAAGACAGAUUAGUUUUACACAGAUUUGAGCUAUUGACAAAAUAAUGAAUAUGAAAUAAUGGUGAAACAUUUACAUGAUAUAUGCCUGAAUUUCAUUCAGAGUAAUCUAGACAAAAUUCCAAAUGCUGGAGAGAGACUUCCAACUGUCCACAAAGAACUGCUUUUAGAAAGAAUCGCUGAUCAUGAUUUAUUGAUACCAGAAUACAUUCCCUUUGCAAUACAACAACUAUUUAGUAGUUCUCUUCGUCAUGUGACAUUUUACAAGUGUGAUCAGGUGACUGAUGAAUUCUUAUGUGUGUUAGCCAAUCAGAAGUGUGUACUUGAUUCUUUAACCAUACAAAGAUGCCAAUCUGUUACAGAUAUUGGUAUAAAGAAUAUUACAGAUGGGCAAGAUCAACUGUCUUAUUUAAAGUUACGUAGACUGACAAAUAUAACAUCUACUGGUCUGUCCUGUAUUAAAUCUCCUAAACUACACACCGUUGAUUUAACUGGCUGCCUUGCUUUAACAGUUAAUGGAAUAAAAACACUUGUGAACAACAAUCCUAGCAUCAGAUGUAUGAAUAUUGAUGGAUGCCACAAACUAUAUGAUGAUGUAUUUGCAGUUAUAGCUCAAGGAUUGAGGGGCAGUUUGGAAGAUUUAGAUGGAAACCCACAUGUUAUGAGGAGUGAGAGUUUAAAGACCAUAGCAAAAUACUGCCCCAAUCUAAAAAGGUUGAAUUUGCAUGGAUGUUCAAAUUUGAAUGGAGAGGCAGUUUUUGAGUUGUCACAGAAUUGUCAAGAGUUGCAACAUUUAGACUUAUCUUAUUGUAAUGGAUUACGAAGCCGUCCUCAUAAUGAAUAUUUCUGGACACUACCAACAUCAUUAACAAGUUUAUCAUUGUGUGGGAUUCUAUUGGAUGAUGAAACUUUAUUUAUAGAAUGUGUGCAAAGAUUAAAACUAUUAAAACACAUUAGAUUGAGUGGAGUUACUGCAUUAAAUGAUGAAACAUUUUCACAGAUCUUACAGCAUAUUGGUAAAGGAUUAAUAUGUUUAGAUAUAAGUGGAACAAUUAGUGACAAGUUGACUGAUCAAGGAUUGAAGGCUGUCACCAAAUAUUGUAAAAGUUUAGAGCAAUUAGAUUUCAGUAUGUGUCAUAGAUUAACAUUAACGACACUGGUACCUUUAUUGGAGAAUCCAGAUAGAGCAAUGCUGAUCAAGAAAUUAUUUGUCAGCACUAAGAAGUUAAAUCUAGAUGUGUUACUGACAGCUGCUGACCACUGUUACAAUUUAGAAAUGUUAGAUGUAGCUGGUCAGAGAUGUAUAACUGAUGAAUUAUUAGGAACAUUGGCCAGGAAUUGUCCGAAACUGCACAGAAUUGGAAUGAAAGGAUGUGCACAGGUAACAGAUGAAGGUGUCUGUGAACUGGCUCGAAAGUGUGAUCUCAAUAUAAUUGUUCUCUCUGGUAUACUGAAUCUCACAGACAAAAGCAUAUUCUGUAUAGCAAAUCAUUGUCAUAUGUUAGAAGAAAUUUACUUGAAUGGUUGCUCCAGAAUCUCGGGUACAACUGUAUCUUAUCUCAUAGAUUGCUGUAUUCCCAGACUGUAUGUCCAACAUAUCUUACCAAACCAUCACCCUGACCAGCUCAUGGCUAAAAACCUGGACACAGGAGAAUUCUGUAGAGCAGAUUUUAACUGGACAGUUGCAUAGCUGUAGUACCUGCAUACUGAUUACUUAUAGUAGAUUCAGAUUCAGAUUCAAUAGUAACCAGAAAGAGAAGUGUUGUUGAAUGUUUUCUGAAAUAAAGCUUUUAGUGAUAGUAUGAUUAAUUUAAGACUAAAAUGAUUAUUAAGAACAUUAAAAAAGGAGGCCAAAAUGGUUAUACAUAUGAACUCAUUAACUUGAUAUAUGUUAUAUUAACAUCUUAAUGGGACCAGUGCAUAUGGUUUUUAAAGAGGAAGAUUUAUGUUGUUGAGCAUAUUCAGUAACAGUUAUUGUAGGAUUCUUAGAAAACCUACUGUAACACUGAAAAUUGAAAAAAAGUAAAGUUAGCAUGAAUUAUGAAAUUCAACAAAAUUUAAGAUAAUUGUAUAUUUUAUAGAUAAUACAGACAUUAGACAUUAGACAUUAUUUUAUUAUACCAAUCAUGGGCCCUUGUCGGGCAAGAUACAAAAACAUCAUAAUACAAUGAUUAUAUAAACAUUAGUGAAAUACACAAUAAGUAAUACACAAAUAAUAAAUUUGUGAUAUGAGCAAUGUAGGAUAUAAUUAUGGUAAGAGGCAGUGAGUGUAUCUAGAAUGAUGUAGAUGAGAUAUGUAAAAUUUUAGUCAAGUGUCUGUAAAUUAUUUUCCUGUAAAAGACUUACCAGACCCAAACAAUACUUUCAGUUUUAUACAAUGUAUUAUGUCAUGGUGGUCAGUUUUAUUUGGGGGAUAAAAACCACAGUGUUCUAUUUACGUUUGGCCAGUAAUGGACAAUCUCUUUUACAUUGGGUGCACAUUGACAAUUUUUGUCAAAUUGUGGGCAUACAGUUUCUAUUGUUAUAAUCUUCAUGACAAUCAUGACUUAAAAUUUUUAUUUGUUUUUUGUUAUUUAUUCUUUGUCUUAUGGCAAUUGUUUUGACUUUUGUUUGUUAUAUAAUUAAUUUGUUAUAGUAAGAUUUUUUUUAUAGGAAAUAUAUUUAUUUAUGUACUGUAUUCAAAUUAGUCAGCAUAAUACAUAAUAAAGAGUUAUUUAAUUGCAAUAAUACCCCACCUUAAUAUUAUAUGUUACUUUCUUAAAAGUUAAGGGAGUUCACUUCUCAGUUUUAAAGUUAUUAACUUUUUAAAACACUAGUUUAUAUUGAUAGGGGAUUAAUAAAGGAAUCCAAAGAGCCAAAGAAAUAUAUAGGUCACUGUGCUUGUUUUCAAGAUAUUAGCCAUUGAAAUUUUGGCGGGAAAAUAUUCGCUCUUGACUUUUCAUAGCUUCAUCAUUGACAUGGCUCAUCAUUAUACAUGUAAAAGAUUUACAAAAAGAAAAAUGGGGUCACCAGGCAAUUUUUUUUCAGGGCAUUCAAAUGGAUAAAACCAGAGGAUUCCGAAAAUCUGACAAAAAAUCCAACACAUGACAAGCCAGCUUCCUUAAGCUGCCUGGGAAUAUAGUGUCCAUCAUACAGAAAUCCAACAGCUGUAAUGGUACAUUAGUAUUUAUUAAUAAUUAUAGAACAGUGGAUCAUUGCAUUCAUUUUGACUGACUCCUGGCUGAAGAACUUCCUUGGACAAAACAACUCAUGAUCUUUAGUCUAAAGGUCAGGUAAUGCCUGCAGUCUACAGGUCAGGAAAUGCCUGCAGUCUAAAGGUCAGGUAAUGCCUGCAGUCUAGAGGUCAGGAAAUGCCUGCAGUCUAGAGGUCAGGAAAUGCCUGCAGUCUAAAGGUCAGGUAAUGCCUGCAGUCUACAGGUCAGGUAAUGCCUGCAAAUAAAGAAUUGAUGUUUGGUAUAACUGAUUGUAAUGACCUACAGAUCAAGUUCAAUUUAUGUUUCAGUUGAUGGUCUUGUGGCAAAAAUCACUAUCCUUGGACAUAAAAGAUUAGCUUGUCCAGACUUUUUUUAUGCCCUUUUUAUGAUAGUCUGGUCUGUGCAUCCUUUCAUCCGUCUAUUGUUUUAUCCGUCUGUCCUGCUUCAGGUUUAAGUUUUUGGUCAAGGUAAUUUUUGAUGAAGUUGAAGUCCAAUCAACUUGAGACUUAGUACGCAUCUUUACUAUGAUAUGAUCUUUCUAAUUUUAAUGCCAAAUUACCCCUAGUCCACUGAACAUAGAAAAUGAUAGUGCAAGUCAAGCAUUUGUGUACUCUGGACACAUUGUUAUUUGUAUUUCUUGGAGAUAUGAAGUUGAUUUUUUAUGCAUCAGUGUAUAAGGAUGACAAACAUAGUAAAGUUUACUUUUGGUUACAGUUGAAUGAGUUUUGAUCUUGCUGCAUACAAGGUUAUUUAUGUCAUACCAAUAUGUCUAGUUAAUAUUUAAUCUCAGUUAAGUUUAGUCUGAUAUAUUGUAUAUUGAUUGUGUUUAAUAGGAUAAAUAUAUAAGAUUUCUGUAACAAUCAUAUUAAUAA